UUAACAAUUGUCUUUACUGUACAUCUGUUCUUAAAAUUUGCUGAUUUUUGUUCAUCUUUUCAGAUCAUGCAACCUAUUGAAACCUUGUCUGUGUUUGAGGCUGUUCAGAAAACAGCUUUAAUGAAUGGACUUUGUCUUGUCACUGAAUCAACAGAAGAUAUCACUUCUGUGGCAGCUCCAGAAACCAAGGAACUCCAGCAAGCUAAAUUAAUCCUAGAAGUAUCAGACCGGAUGUAUUGUUCUGUUUGCUCAAAGACGUUUGAGAAUCGAGAUGAACAGAAAGAGCACUAUCGGCUAGAUUGGCAUCGCUUCAACCUAAAACAGCGAUUGUUGGGACAUCAGAUGCUCACAGCAGAAGAAUUUGAAGCGAAGACUCAAGCAGGAAUGAGAUAUUGGCACACAAAACUUUCCAUCGGUACACGGUGCGAGCCCGACGAGGUACAGCCCAAGGAAUGAGAGAUGCUCAGGGGACAAUGCCAAAAUCUGCUGGCGCCUCAUUACGGCGCUACAAUGAGACUGCUCUCCUUAAAGAGAUACAGGAGCUGCUAAUGAGCUGGACAAAUUAUUUAAAAGAAGCAGAGUGCAUCUUCCUUCGUGCUCCACACAAUAACCAAGCUCUCUUCUUUAGCAGCAAGCAUGGCCCUCUUCUGCGAGGUGACCCACGUAUCCGGCGUAUUCCUUUCAGCACUCGAAGAGCCACCUUCCGUGAGGUGGAACGGGUCCAUGGGACUUUAAGUAGUCUGCUGGUAUAUGGAAAUAAUACAACAGUGGCAGAUCUGACUAGUUCUCAGAAGACCUGGAAAAAAGCAGCUCGUAAGGAUGAAGCAUCUACACAGCCUUCUGGCACUAGUGAGGAGGGCAGCCAUUUUGAAGCUGAAGGAAUACAUCGUUAUUCCUAUUCUGUCACCCUUCCUGUCUCUGUAGCAAAGAUAGAGGAGGAAGAAGACGAAGAAGUGGGGAAAGAAAAUCUGGAACUGGUGGAGGAGACACUAAAUUUAUUAGAUUUACGUGAAUUUGAGGUGACACCAAAACAGAAUCGCAAAAAGAGGAGGAGGAAACCCAAGACACCGCCAAAGUCUAACAUGGAGACUUCAGGAAGUGUUGCACCCAGUACCUCAGUAUAUAGAGGACCAGAGUCAACUGAGGUCCAAGAACAGCAAGAGUCUCAAGAUGCUCCCAGCACAACUGUGCAAGAUGCCUUAUUUACAGCAUGUAAAAUGGGAGACAUCGGAGCCCUACAGCAUCUUCUGGGAAUGGCUGAUAAUACAACUGAUAACAGUGAGUGCAGCGAUAAAGUCACAAAACAGUUGCUCAACACACCCCUGGAUGAGAGUGGCUGGACUGUUUUGCAUGUGGCAGCAGCAGCAGGAAGAACUGCAGUUGUGCGGCUCUUGUUGGAGAGUGGGGCUGACCCUGCCAUCAGGGACAGAAAAGAACAGCCUCCAUACUGUGUGUCUACCAACAAGCAAACCCGUAAUGAAUUCCGUAGAUUCAUGGGUGAACAGCCAGAUAGAUACGAUUACACCCGAGCUCAGGUGCCUGGCCCUCUAACUGCAGAAAUGGAAGCCAGACAAGCAGAACGUCGACGAGCACAGAAAGCCCUACGGAAGCAGCGAGAACGAGAAGACCGUGAAGCACAAUUACUUCUGGAGCAAGAACAGGAAGAGAAAAGGCGGUUUGCCCUGCUCAGUGAUCGUGAGAAGCGUGCUCUGAUGGCUGAGAGGAGAUUUGCUUCCCAAUUAAAAGACGCUGGUGCAUCUUUGACCAAUACCAGGCGCUGCUGGUUUUGUGGGGAAUCUCUCCUGGGUUGCAUUCCUUUCCAUUAUCUUGACUUCUCCUUCUGCUCCACAAAUUGUCUCCAAGCCCAUCGACGGGGGGAAACUGCUCCAUCCUAGCUGAAGGUUUUGCUUUGGCAUCAAGGGACUACAACAGAAAUCCCACCUCUAUUGUCUGUUGUCACUUUGGAGUGGUGAAAUAUUAAGCAUAAGAGGGAAGUCACAAGUAAUUGUUUCCAAGUACUUCAUAGGAAGCUAAAAUGGACUGCUGUUAUUUGAGAAAUGAACUUCUUUGUAAGACUGUAGUUUUUUCAAUUUUAAACUAGAUUAUUUAGGAAUUGGUUAAAAAGAGCAACUUUUCUUCCCAGAUAUUUGGGGCCUGCCUCACUGGAAUUAACUGCUGAUUGGGAGUUCUGUAAGUUAAGAAUUGUAAUACAUUUUUGCUCUGGUGGUUACAGAAAGUUAUAUUAAGGAAUAACUGAACAAAGAUCAUAGAUAAAAAAAUGGAAGAAUCCUUGAGCCCGUUUUUUUUUUAACCU